AUGAGGGUAGUAGCCCAGUUGUCAUUUCUUCAGAUUGUUCUUUUCCAAAUUUUGCUGAUACCACGCUACCCUGUGCAGAAGGAAGCCCAAUUUUUUCUCCCUGUUAAAGAGAAUCAAGAACCUGGUUCUUUCAAUAUGACAAAUGAGAAAAGCAAAGUGUGUGAUUUUUCGAGCGGAUCACUAAGCGUUUUUGGCAGAGAUAAUCCAGUAUCAUCACGGGAAGACAAGUUUGGAACCAAAUUGGAUGUCGAUAAGAAAGAAGAACCCACAGGUUCCUGGAUUAGUAACAAUGACAGUAAUGAUAAUGAGGUGAAACAUUGUGUGCAUUUCACAAAAGGAUUAGAAGUGCUAACUUUUAUAUGUCCCAAGAGAAACGGUAAUAAUUAUAAAGGGAUAGAAGUGAGGCCAUUCAACUGUUUUGAGGAGGUUAGGGUUCAACAUGUAAAUAUCAAAAGAUUCAGCAAUAUUCUGAAGGGCGUGUAUUAUGAAAGCAAAGAAACGGAUAUUCUGACAAUAAGGAAAGUUUUCAUUCCUCCCACAAUUUAUGAAGAUACCAUUUUCGAAUGCACAUGUGACAAUAGCCUUACAUUUCAAAAUGGCAUGAUGGGUUCAAGCGGAGGAAACCCGACUAGAGAAGAAGCAGGCCCGACUAGCGGGGCGAUCGGCUCAAGGGGCAUUAUGAGGGUUCAUUUAAAAAAAAAUUUCAUUUUUGGAUGUGACUUUGACCACACUGGUAGUAGUGAUGGUGGGCACUCCAUCAUUGAUAAUAGGAGGAAAGAAGGAGAGUCUAUUGGAGAAGAUGAAUUUUCUCAAGAAAAAAAAUCAGCAUUUUCUAAAUUUUAUACUCCAAGUGAAAUAAAUAAUCUCAAGGAGAAAGGUAUCAUACACAAUGUUAAAAUUACAAAACGGGAAGUGUACUUAGGGUUGAUAUGCCCACCAGGAUAUUAUAUUUACCCUUCUAAUUGUUUCGAAAAUGUGCUUUAUGAAAAUAACAUUGUAAAGUUAAAAGAAUUGGUUUCUCAUGACAUUAAAUUUCAUAUCGACAAUAAGAGAAGGAUGUCCUUUGCUACUUUUACUUUAAAGAAAAAUGAAAAUCCACGAGGAUUCACAUGUCUUUGUGUUAGUAUGAACACUACUCUUCACAAUCAGCAACAACCUCUUCAGGUCAAUUUCGAGUAUAACAACUAUGAAUCUUUUGCAUUCUCAGUUCAUAUGGGUUAUUUACUUAUUGUUCUUUUGUUCAUGAUUCUCUGCUUUUGA